AAUUUUAGAUUUGAUGCAGAAGAGACCAAAUGGCAAAGUGGAAGAAUGGUGCGCAAGCAGCCUCAGUGAUCAGACAUGUUAUUGAAGAUUUCCAUAAAUCUGGAAUCGAUUUUAGUUGGAAAAAGCCGGAAAUGAAGUCAAUCCAAAAGCAGAAAGCAAAUGCCAAGCAAAAUAAGAAUGAUAUAUUACAUAAUAUACCAAAAGAGGAGCAUCUUGCUAGUACAUACCGCCAUUACUUGACCAGUACAAUGCGCUUGAAAACAUUACAGGAAAAGUAUAAGGGCGGCGAACGUUCGCUAGAAGAAAGUGCCAGACUUGUUGGUUUAAAAAUACCUGCUUCGAAAUCGCAAUAGCUUAUUUUUUUUCUGUGUGAAGUAUGUGUAAGGUACAUUACUUAUAAUUAGUCGCUUUUUUAAAAAAAAAAAGG